GCGUCGUGCAGCCGCGCGGUGCUGCAGCAGGUGACGAGGGCGUACGUGGCGGCGCAGGAGGCGGGCGACGCGAGCGUGCUCACGGCGCUGGUGUCGCCGCACCCGAACCAGAUCUACGUCGAGAACAACGGGCUGGCGGACCUGGCCGGGGGCGCGCUGGCCGAGCCGCUCCGGAUCGACUUCUCGCGCUCCAUCCACGACCCGGACCGCUGCGCCGCCUUCACCGAGAUCAUCGGCGCCUCCGACCCCCACCCGCGCGUCAUCCACACCCGCUUCGCCGUGCCUAAGGCGAGCCUGAUCGAGUCGGUGGUGACGGACGAGGGGGACUGGCUGUUCAACGCGACGGGGACGCUGGAGCUGAACGCGGGGGAGGUGUGGGACGAGAUCCCCAAGUCGGAUCGGGCGGCGACGGCGGCGGAGGUGCAGGCGCUGGGGGACGCGUACUUUGACCGGUUCGGCAACGAGAGCGUGGUGGUGCUGUGGGCGGCCGAGCCGUGCUACCGGCUAGAGGGGGGCCUGGCGGCGCGGGGCGAGGUGCGCGACGGCGAGUGCGUCAUGGCGUUCCCCAGCAGCAUCGUCGUGCCCUACCGCCGCUACGUCGUCGACGUCACCCUGGGCGCCGCCAGCCUCUUCGUCGGCUUCCCCGGCCUCGACCGCACCCAGGGCGACGCGCCCAUGCCGGACAGCCACCUGUUCAGGGUGGAGCACGGCAAGAUCAAGUACAUCCACACCGCCUCGGCCUGCGUGGUAGAGGGCUGCGGCCUG